GAGAGAGAGAGAGAGAGAGAGAGAGAGAGAGAGAGAGAGAGAAUAAACCAGAGUAGGGUUAUGGAUCUCUAGAGAGACUUGGAGAAGUUGGGAAUGUGAGAGUGGUGGAGGUGUGUACAUUCAGAAACAGGGGAAACUCUAUACACACACGCACACGCACACACACACACACACACACACACACACACACACACACACACACACACAGAGCAGUGUUUAGAGUAUCAGCAGUGUAAGAGAGGACUGUGCAGAAACACAGGAUUUCUGCUGAGAGAGAUGCAGACGUUUGUGAAAGGGAAGCGGGUGGGCUUCUGGCUCAGUGAGAAGAAGAUGAAGAAGCUGAACUUCCAGGUGUUUGUGGACAUGUGCAGGAAGCGGGGCAUUGAGAUGGUUCAGCUGGAUCUGAGCAGGCCUUUAGAGGAUCAGGGCCCGCUGGAUGCCAUUAUCCACAAGCUGACGGACCACAUCGUGGACGCCGAUCAUAACAUCGAGGAGGCGCAGAGAGUGGUGCAGAGCAUACAGGAUUACAUCGACUCUCACCACGAGACCGUGAUCUUGGACCCUCUUCCUGGAAUCCGCAUGCUGCUCGACCGAUCCAAGUCCUACUCACUGAUUCACGCAAUGGAGAAGUGUAUGAAAGAUGAGCGGAUCUGCUCUCCUCCGUUCCUGGUGCUCGGCAGUGGGUGUGGCCCCGACAUGUUAGAGCAGCUCCGUAAGAGAGACAUCACCUUCCCCUUCAUGUGUAAGACUCAGGUAGCACAUGGUGUGAAUUCCCAUGAGAUGGCCAUCAUCUUUAGUGAGGAAGACCUGAAGGACAUCACACCCCCCUGUGUGGUGCAGAGCUUCAUUAACCACAAUGCCAUGCUCUACAAGGUGUUUGUAGUGGGCGAGGCGUACAGUGUGGUGGAGCGGCCCUCCAUUAGGAACUUCCCCUUUGGACCUACAGACAGAAAAGCGAUAUCCUUUAACAGUCACCAUGUGUCCAAACCCGAGUCAUCAUCAGAUCUCACCUCUCGGGAGAACCUGGAGGGUCAGUGUAGGACACCGAGUGAUGAUGUCAUCCGGAAGAUUUCCAGAUGUUUGAGACAGUCUCUUGGUGUGUCGCUGUUUGGGAUUGACAUCAUAAUCAACAACCAGACAGGACAGCAUGCUGUCAUCGACAUCAACGCCUUCCCAGGUUAUGAAGGAGUCCCGACGUUCUUUGAUGACCUCCUGACUCACCUGACCAGCGUCCUGCAGGGCCACGCCCCUCUCCGAGCCAACGGUGUGAGCCAGCUGCCCUGCGGCAUGCUGGGAAACGAGGGCGUUCCCUGGGCGAUGGAGAGCGAGGUGUUGAAGAAGGGUCCUCCUCAGACUCUGAACAGCUGCAACGCUGAACUGGGAUCCAGUUACCGCCAGCACAGAUGUUCUCCCCUUACAGCCCAUGCGCCCACCCAGUGACCCACCUCAACCACUUCCUGUUUACUCGCAUCACAUAUGUGUAACUGUAUAUAUAAUGACCAAAGGUGUGCUGAUUUUUUAGGAAAAUACAAAUCGACAUGGUUGCCAGGUGAUUUCGCUGCUAUGUGGGUUUUUUGGACAUUUAGAUAAACCAGCUGCUUGACCUGAUGGACUAGUGGAGACAUGAUGGACAUUUUCAGAGACAGGAAGAGACGAGAAGCUUCUAGUGUGAAUGCUGUAGAAUCUUCUCCUGAGUAACACUGAUGAAUCAUUUCUGUUCCUCAAUCAUUUCUCCAUCAUUUCUUCGUCUGCAAAUUACGAUCAAAAGUUUGUGUCCGUAAACGUUGUGGAGGAAUCUGGUGAUUUUCUUCUGCUGGAAUGAUCAAAAUGAUUCUGCUGAACCAGAUUCAAAGCUCUGGGGUCGGAUCGGAUCUUCUCAUUUCUACUGAGUAACUUACACAUUUCAUGUGUGCAACACACCACGGAGAACAAGAGAACUUUAGGCUAACGUUCAGACACAGCUGCUAAUGACAAGGUAUUUAUUUUAGUUUCAAAUAGAAAUUUCUUUAAAGAUGAAGAAGAAGCACACAAUCAUACCUUGUAUCACGUACUAUCAAAAGUACAGCUUUUUCCACGUCUAAUGUAGAUCAAGAUCAUUAUCAUUGUCUGCCUGCUCCUCACCACGUUCCUCACCACGUUCUUCAACUCGUUUCUCAGCCCAUUCCUUGACACAUUACUUGACAAACAACACACUUUCCUCAUGUUCCUCAGCACGUUCCUCUCAUUCCUCAGCACGUUUCUUACUAUUUUCCACAGCAUGUUCUUCAACACAUUCCUUUCAUUCCUCAAUACUUUCUUCGCACUAUGUUCCACAACAGAUUCUUCAAGACAUUGCUCUCACUAUGUUCCACAGCAGGUUCCAAAACUUCCCUUUCGUUUCUUAAUACAUUCUCCUCAACAUGUUCCUCAACAUGUUUCUCAUAUUCUUCAGCAUAUUCUUUUCUAUGAUCCUCAACAUGUUCCUCUCAUUCCUAUACACAAUUCUCUCACUAUGUUUCACAACAUGUUUACACUGGACUUCACCACUUACCAUCUUCUCAUUCAUACAAUAUGUGGGCAAAGGAAUUGGGACACGUGAACAUUCCUGCCAGACGUGGUUUAAAACACGGCAUACUUUUGACGCUGUGGUCUACACCAUGUGAUCAACCUGUUCUGAUUAUUAUCGAUUUAUUGCUGAUCAGUUUGGACAGAAGUGUUUAGUGACACUGAUUUAUUCUCCAACACUCGCUUUCUCCACUUUUACUGUCACUGUACCAAAGACUGAUUCAUCGGGGGAUAAUCUGUGUGUGUGUGUGUGUGUGUGUGUGUGUGUGUGUGUGUGUGUGUGUGUGUGUGUUAUAUUUGUACAUACUGUACACACUGUGUGUAUUGUGUAUAUGUUGAGAUCAGAAGACAUUAUGGGAUGUUAUAUUGUGUAAAUUAAGUGAAACAGAAGGAGAAUAAACACCAUGACAACA